AUGCGGAGGUGUGUCGACAAGCGAGCGCUGGAGAAGCUCAUAUCCGAAGACAGCAACAUCGACCUCUUGAGGGAGUAUCUGGACUAUUUGGACGAUGGAAAGUGGACAGCGUCUUUUCAAGAUGACAAUGAUGUAUCGAAGUAUUUCGGCUUGGCAUACGUCGUGCUGGAAUACCAUUUGAGUCCGGUGCUAUGA